ACAACAUUGGGGCAGAGCGGAGAAGCGGGCGAGAUCUGUAACCCUGGGGAGAGCGCAGACACGAUCAGUGGUUAACCAGAAAAAUUCAACGAAGCUAAUCAAUCAUCCAUGGAUUCAGCGGCUAGAAGGAGUAGAGGAGGCCUUCUUGAAGGCCUUUACAAAGUCGUCAUGCGCCGCAACUCCGUUUAUGUUACCUUCAUUAUCGCUGGUGCCUUCCUCGGAGAACGGGCUGUGGAUUAUGGGGUUCACAAGCUAUGGGAGUACAAUAAUGUUGGGAAACGAUAUGAAGACAUUCCUGUGUUGGGGCAAAGGCAAUCGGAAGAGUAACUCGUUGGAUUUGUUUGCUGUCUUUAAGGUUCAUACUUUUGGACAUUUGGAGUGAACCUGAUGGACUAGAUGCCGAUUUCACCAUUUUUGUAAUAAGUGUCAGAUGAUACUCACAAGCAUAAUUGCAUUGAUUGUUGGAUAUACAAGAUGAGGAACAAGCAUCAUUUGCUUAAACGAUUUGCUCGGAAGCGUUGAUGUAGUUUAUCCUAACUGUUAUUUUCCUUAACACUGGCACUCCGUUUUUGA